AUGUUGCUUGUUGCAAAGAUACGUUAAGAGUUGAAAAAGCUUUUUCAGCGAUAAUAUUCGAAAAUAUGGCGUUUGCAUUGGUGAAUUUUUACAACGAAAAUACAUGGGAUAUCAUUCCAUAUUCUAACAUCAUUUUUUAGGAUAAAAAUAUGUCGAAAGACAAAGAUGAACUUAAAGGAUUCAAAACGUUAGUCAUGUGGGGCGAUGGAAAAACAAAGGGAAACGGCAAGUCGAGGAAAUUUCCUGCAGAGAUAAUAGAGGUUUCAGAUAGUAAAGAUUAUUUGCUCAAGACAAUGAGUAAAGAAGAAACUUUCUCUAUAAAUACUGGCAAAGGGUGUUGCAAAAGAAUUCACAAAGCAAAGUUUAAAAUUGAAAGUGAUAUUGAAUCAGAUGAUGUGCAGGAGCACAGUAUUCCUAAAAAGCUAAAGACAUCCAGGGCAAAGAAAACAGAGGCUUGCUGCUCAGUCAGUCUUGCUUCACUUAUAAAAGAGUGAUUAACCAAGGAGAGUCAGUCAGAUGAAGGUAGUGCACUUUGCAAUGAUAAAUGCAAGUAUAAAAAAG